CGGCUGGCUGCUGAGUCCCGUGUCGCUGGCCGUCCUGGCCGCCACCCUCGGCGCCGUCUACUACUUCCUCACCAAGGACUACGACUUCUGGCCUUCGCGCGGCGUGAAGGGGCCGCGCGCCAAACUGCCCUGGGGUAACGGGUUUGGUCCCCCAUUUGUGACGUCGAUGCUUGACUUUGAAGAAUGGAUAUACCACAAGCAGGGUGGGAAGAAGUACUGUGGAUACAUGGAGAUGCACCGGCCCAUUCUGUACGUAGGAGACCCGGAUUUGAUUCGUACCAUCACCGUCAAAGAUUUCGAGCACUUCACCGACCGUAGGGAUCUCGUGUUUAGCGACGUGUUUAAGGAAAUGCUUUCUGUACUAAAUGGAAAGAAGUGGAGAGAAACCAGAUCGGUAAUAUCGCCGACUUUUUCUUCAAGUAAGAUGAGGUUAAUGCACCAGCUUUGUCUGGAUAAUGCCUCCAACCUAAGCAAGUACUUGCUGGAAGAAAUGAAACAGAACGGCGAGGUCCAAAUGAAGGAGUCAUUUGGUCGCUUCACCAUGGACAACAUUGCUGCGUGUGCUUUUGGUGUGAACUGCAACUCUUUCAAAGAUCCGAACACAGAGUUUGCAACACAUGCGGGUGAACUGUUUAAGCCACCAACGACGUAUGGAUUCAUCCACUUCGUCGCUCUCCUGACGUUGCCAACGUGGCUUUAUAGCAAACUUCCGGAUCCCAGCCUGCAAACAAACAGUUUCUUCUCACGAGUAGUGAAUAAAACCAUCGCCCAUCGGGACGACAAAGGCAGCUCUCGUCGGGACUUCCUCCAGCUGCUGCUGGAGACCAAGGACAAGGACGGCAACCGCGUGCUCACAAAUGACAGCAUCGUCGCGCAGUCGGUGAUGUUCUUCAUCGCCGGCUAUGACACGACGGCCACACUCCUGACCUGCGCCGGGUAUUCGCUGGCCACCAAUCCCGACUGCCAGAGGGCUGCACAGCGCGAAAUCGACGGCGUGCUCGAGCGGCACGGCGGCCAGCUGACCUACGAAGCAGUCUCCGAGAUGACCUACAUGGACCGCGUGCUGAGCGAAACACUGCGGAUCUAUCCACCCGGACCCCGUCUGGAGCGUCAGUGCACCAAGGACUACAUCCUGCCGGGGACGGACGUGCACAUCCCGCGUGGCGUCCUCGUCCAGAUGCCGAUAUUGGUGAUGCAUCGGGACCCGGAAAUCUACCCGGAUCCGCUGCGGUUCGAUCCGGAUCGCUUCCUGCCGGAGGAGAAGGAGAAGCGCCAUCCGUGCUCCUACUUGCCAUUCGGCAACGGACCGCGCAAUUGUAUCGCCAUGCGGUUCGCGCUGUUCGAGGCCAAGGUGGCACUCAUUGCAAUCCUGCGUGAGAGCAACCUGAGACCAGGGCCGCGCACGCCGCCGCCGCCCAUGCCAAUGAAUAUGACAGGCUUCCUGUUGUCACCCAAGAUGGACGCCGCCUACAUGAAAGUGAAGCCCCGCAGCGAAGACUAGCAGGGAACA